UUGACAUCAAUAAUGUUUCUAUCAAUUAUUUUUAUGAUCCAUGAAAUAAUAAUGAGUUUUUCAGUGUUUUCUAUCAAUGGAAUCAUUAUUAUACGCAAUUAAGAACAAUGUCUAUUUUACUUUAUCAUGGCUCCCCAUUUUUACCUCAUUUUUGUAGCAGUUUUAGUUGCACCGCUAUUAGCAGCAAGAAUAAAAAAUAAUGAACCGGCUGUAGAUGUUAUGGGAGGUAAAGCUUGGGCUCAAUACAGAAGAAGAUUUCAAAAUGUUCCAAACUUACACGAACAAUUCGAAAAUCCUGGAAAACUAUUUGACCAUGUUAUUUCACAAUUUAAUACUCAAAUAAAAGGAGCUGAAGCACCAAUAUACCAAGCAGCUGAUGAACAACGUGAAGUUUGUAGCUUUUAUUCUCAGAAAGAUAAAUCUCCAGUUCAACAGUUAUCUACAUAUAUGGCUCAUUAUCCUAGAAGCUCUGGCCAAGGUUGCACUGCUGUAUUCAUAAACCCAGAGUAUGUUUUGAUGGACCGAAAUUGCUUGGCUGAUGAGAAAAAUAAAAAAAUAUUUCUCGGAGCUGGAACUGUGGAAAGUGGAGAUCAACCCAGAUGUAAUAAAUUCCAUCCAGAAGCAGAAGUGAUUGAAUUCAUUAAUAAUGAUGUAGCACUUUUAAAAAUCUCUCCUGCUCUGGAGCCAAGUUUGUCAAUGAAAGUUGCCAAUUUAUCCUCUCAAAACGUAGCUCAAAAUGCAGUCAUCAUAGCAUCUGGUUUACCAAACAGCGAAUGUCCAAACUUUAAAACCUACAAUCAAUUUUCCAAUGGUAUUCUGUCAGUUACUGAUUUUAAAAAUUGUCCAGGACUUCAAUCAGAUGAAAUUUGUGUUGAAGCCAAAGGAUCAUUCAUGCAUGCUGAAGGACGACAAAUUGAAACUAGAGAUUAUCAUAUUCAGCGUGGCUCACCUGUGAUGGAUAGAAAUGGUAACCUAGUAGGAUUUACGAAAUUUUCGUGUACACAAUUCGGACCAGUUCAAAGUAUCACACCGUAUGUAUCACAAAUUAACACAAUUAUAAAUAGUAACAUUUCUCCUUCAACUACGCCAAAAAAUCGACUACCAAUUAAGCGUUAUCGACAUUCUCGUGCUAUUAAUAUUUAUUAUUAAAAUAAAAACUUCUUUGUUUCUCAAUAUGAAUAGUUAAUUUAUUUUAUAAAAAUUUUUGGAGUAAAAAUAAGAGUAUAUUAAAAACGAAAAAUUUACAAUUUGUAUAUAUUGAUUCUUAUAUUAUGUUAAAAACUGUAAACAAUU